CACACGCACGGGCCAAUCAGACGCGCGGUUCCAGCCUCCACGUAUGCUGAGCGAGCGCGCCGAGCCGAGAAGCGCCUGGCAGACCGGAGCGCAGCGCGAGGCAGCCAAACCGCUGUCCGUCAUUAGAUGAGAGCGUGACAGAGACGCGAGAGGAGAGCAGGAGGGAGGAGAGUCCGCGGCCCCAACAGAAACACUGGCCUGACGGGAGAACGGGAGACGAAGACGACCCGCCGCAGCCGGAGCGAGAGAGCGAGAGAGAGAGAGAGAGGGAGGGAGAGAGAGGGCGACCAACAGGCGUUAGAAGAGAAACUAAAGACCCAGCGGCAACAUGAGCGGCCAGUUUGAGGGAGAAAUGCACGACAGGGGCGAGAGGAAGAGCAGCAAAUCCCCGACGCUGCUCUCGUCCUAUUGCAUAGACAGUAUCCUGGGCCGCCGGAGUCCGUGUAAGGUCAGGCUGAUAGGAGCGCAAAGUUUGACGGGUCUGCCCGGCAGAGCGGAGCUCGACAAGGCUGCCGACGGGCCAACAAAAGACCCCCUCUCUCUCGGCGCUGACAUGCACCUGCCCCCGAAGCUCCGCCGGCUGUACGGACCAGGUGGGAAGUACCUCCACGAGCACGCGGAGAAGCUGGACAGAGAGCGGCUCCUCGUGGAGCAGACCGGCGACAGCCUCAAGAUCAGCCAGGCGCCGCAGGUGAGCAUCAGCCGCAGCAAGUCCUACCGGGAGAACGCGUCGUUGAGCCGGGCGGACGGCGAUCAGAGCCCGUGCGAGGGCUCGGACGACGGCAGCCUGGGGCUCGUGGAGCUCGGCCCCUUGAAGUUCGAGGAGGACGCCGCGAAGGAGGAGGAGAGCUGCGGGGACGCGGCCGCGCUGUCCCCGAAAGACGAGGAGAGGGAGAGCUUGAACGCCGGGGAUGGGGACGUGAGGGACGGGGAGGACAGCGUGUGUCUGUCGGCGGGAAGUGACUCGGAGGAGGGGAUGCUGAAACGGAAGCAGAGAAGAUACAGGACUACGUUCACCAGCUAUCAGCUGGAGGAGCUGGAGAGAGCGUUCCAGAAGACACACUACCCCGACGUCUUCACCAGAGAGGAGCUCGCGAUGCGCCUGGAUCUCACCGAGGCCCGCGUGCAAGUGUGGUUCCAGAACCGCAGGGCCAAGUGGCGGAAGCGCGAGAAGGCCGGCGUGCAGGCCCACCCGUCGGGCCUGCCGUUCCCGGGGCCCCUGGCGGCGGGACACCCCCUCAGCCACUACCUGGAGGGAGGGCCCUUCCCUCCCCACCACCACCCGGCCCUGGAGUCGGCCUGGACGGCGGCGGCGGCGGCGGCCGCCGCCUUCCCAGGCCUGGCCCCGCCGCCCCACAACGGCUCGGCCCCCCCCCUGGCCACCCCCGUGGGCCUGGGCACCUUCCUGGGCACCGCCGCCAUGUUCCGCCACCCCGCCUUCAUAGGGCCCACGUUCGGCAGGCUCUUCUCCAGUAUGGGUCCCUUGACCAGUGCUUCCACUGCCGCAGCCCUGCUACGCCAGCCCGCCCCCCCUGUAGAGAACCCCUCCCACGCGGGCCCCGUCCUCCCCGACCCUUCGUCCACUUCCUCAUCCUCCUCUUCCUCGGCCGCGGCGGACCGCAGGGCCUCCAGCAUCGCCGCGCUGCGCCUCAAGGCCAAGGAACACUCGGCCCAGCUCACCCAGCUUAACAUCCUGCCCGCCGGAGCCGCAGGGAAGGAGGUGUGCUGAACACUCAACACCAGCUCUAGGCCUCCCCGUCCCGGGCUUACGUCCCAUUCCAUGACCCCCCACCCCACCCACCCACCUACCACCUCCCUCCAGAAGCCCAUUCAUACCUCUGGAGGCUGACGUCCCCGUGUUCAACCAUCCCCUCUUACCUCAUGUUUCCCCAACAGAAUAGCACGACCAAAUUUCAAAAAGCACUAGCUAAACAAGAAGUGUGUGUUUGUGUGUGUGUGUCAGUAAUUACAGCUAUUGUAGCAGUGUUUUAACACACUAUGAAUUACACAUUUAAACAACAGUUACAUCAUUUUGACACAUGGCUUAUAAGAUGAAUUUGAUUUGCCUAAUUUAAAAACUUGGCAACACUGUGUUUGAGAAUCUCCAGUAUGAUGUUAUAUACUUCUAUGUACUACAUUAGAGUGAAAUACUGCACUUUGUACUGCACUAGAUUACUCAAUAGUUAUUUUACAAAGAAGCUUAAAAUAGAAGAUAUCUCAGGAUCUUAUCAAAUUUGCAAAGUUACUAUGACCACAAACUGCUAUUUGCAUGAGAUUAGAAAUACUAAUUCAUACAUUAACAUGCACAUUUCUUUUUUGAGUAUUUAACUUAUUAAAUAGGUAUAUUUUGGCCACAAUUCUUUUAUAUUUGCAGUUAGUAGCUUGGAUGACAGUUAAAUAAAGAGGUUGUCACUCACACACACAAUCACACACACACACACACACACACACACACACACACACACACACACACACACACACAGAGGCAGAUGAAGACCCACAGGGGAAGCCAGACAGAAGGGAUUCCUGAGCUGCUUCAAAUGUGGACAAUGCCAGUGCUUGACACUAACACUGCUUAAUCUGUAUGCAUUGAUGCAUCUAUAAGGCGAGUUGGAGGAGGUACCCCCCUGAACCAAAGGAAAAACUGUCCAUAGACCUUCCAUAGCCUUCUCUACAAGCCUGACUCCUCUCUGCUGCCCGCCUGUCCGACAGUCACACUCAGCUGUGCCAUCACUUCCAAAUCUCCUAAUUUGACGUCGUUUAAAGCCACGUCUGUAAAUUGACCCCGCAUCUGCUCUUUGAUUAUCACAGCGGUGGCAUUUCCGCUGAGUCUGACUCCAGGACACGCGGGCGAAUUUGAGACCUGACUGUGUGAAAGACAACUGUACAUACUGUGUAAAAAAGGGUAAAAAAAAAAUACAACAAAAAGGAUGAUUUUCAAAACAAGGUCGUGUAUAUUUCAGGAAAACCGUGUUUUGAUAAUUUGCACUCGGUGUAGUGUGUUAUGAGCGUCGCCCUGUGUAGAAUUCCACCUGUGUUUAUGAAUUAUUAGGUUUUUAGAUAAUUAUUUAUGUCAAAACUUUUCCCAGAGGAACUGAGUGAAGGACAGUUUUUUUCUUAAGUGAUUGUAAGUUUCCUGGUUUAAUUAUGCUAAUUUGAAUAAAUUACAUUGAUAAAAUGAGUUAUCUUUUAUUAUUUCAAAAUUCCUUUAGGACAGACAUAGGCCUAAACCAGGAAAAAAAAACGCUGUGAAAUAGAAUAUUAUAGAACUAUUAAUAAAAGGUGUUAUGAAGUAA